GGUUAACCCACUGGCGUCCUGUACGCCGUUUUUCUCCUCAGGCUUCUACAUCUUUCCUCAGAGUCCAUAACAUAUGGCAGAGGAUAUCUCUCCAUUAGAGCUAGUCAACAAAGCCUACCAGAAACUUACUCAUUCCGAACUUCAACUCUUUCUCAGAGUACGAAACCUUCCUACCUCGGGAAACAGCUUUGAGCUCGCCUCGAGACUUGCCAAUCAUGAUUUUCACGCAUACCAUUUUCCCAACUCAUCCAAUCCUUCCUUGUUAUCUUUGACGGACCACAUUCUGUUAGGGCAGCAGCAACAGCAACGUCAACCUCAUGCUCCUGAUCUCCCUAUCGAGCUCAUCGCGGUAAUUCUGGACCAUCUCGGCGACUGGGAAUUGACCCGUGCUUUAGAUGUUCCCACUGCGAUACCGAAACCCCUGGAAUGGUCCCGAGCUUCCCCUGUUGACCUAGCAAUGAUUACUGGCAACGUUGCACUCAUCCGUGCCGCUGAUCCUGUAGCCAACCCUCCGACAAAAAGUGGCGCAGAAGUGGUCCUUCGGUUUGGCUAUGUCAAUGUCCUCGAGUUUUUCCUCUCUCACCACCGUAAGGUCUUUCUGUCACUCUUUCAAGGGGACAUCAUUCCAAUUCGUGCCUCACGACACGGCAGAACCGCAGUUCUGUCAUGGUGGAAGCAUGGCUUUGAACAGCACCCUGAUAGGAUCCCUCGUCCUAAGCCGGGUUCUAUUGCGGAUGCCAUUGACAGCGCAUCUCGUAACGGCCAAAUCGCAUCCUUGGAUUGGUGGCUAAACUGCGGGCAUCCUUUGGAAUAUACCGAAGCUGCUUUGGAAUAUGCCAGUGCCAAGAACCAAAUUGCGGUUUUGGAAUGGUGGAAACACCAACACAAAACCACAGGUCUUCCUCUGAAAAUCGGCCGCGUCAUGGAUAUGGCGAGUACAGCUGGUCAUGUUGAAGUGCUUGAAUGGUGGGCCACUUCGCAGUUAGAGUUCAAGUACGAUCGCCAUGCACUACAACAUGCUAGCUGCCAUGGUAAAGUAGAGGUUUUGCAGUGGUGGUUAGGAAGCGGUCUGCAAUUAAUCUUCGAUCAAGAUGCUUUAACGGGGGCAACACGUCACAAUAGAGCUGAGGUCCUCGAGUGGUGGGACAAGUCAUGCAUUCCGAUACAGUAUCGGAUGUGUGACAUAGAAGAAGCACUGGAGGAUGCCAUUGGCGGCGGUGAAGCGACGAGGAGAUGGUGGAAUGAAAAGGGUGUCGAUUUCAAUGCCAAUGACAAGGAGUGGAUGAAGUUACAGUACCUGAACAAUUAAGAUUUCCUCUCAUAUAUACACGCAUCUGUACUUAGACCACGCAUGCAUUCCACAUUUCCUCU